GUUGGUGCUGUGUUGGCGCAAUUUGUUCCAAUCAGCUGCCAUUUCACUCCUGUUCCUAGGCAGCACACUUUGUGCUUGUUCCCCUUUCUCCUGUCCUCAUCUCACUCUUGCCACAUCGAGUAAGUCGUCGGCAAUAUGUUGGCCCUGUAUGUCUGGUUGCUUCUCAUGGUUCCUUAUGCAUGGGGGAACACUGAGAAGACAAUUUUCCUCGGCCCGUCGCCAGUACAACUCGACUCAAAGACGUAUCCUCCAUUCGAUCACUUACGACUUGUUUCACUCGGCCCUGAUAAUUUCACUCUCCGUACACAUCUCAAAGCUGAGUUUCCCAGCAAUGGUACGAGAAAGGGCACGCCAUCAUGGUUCAUGCUCCGCAACCUUACUGAGGGUCAACGCUAUGAGGUCCGUGUUUGCUGGGCAGCAACUCAACCAACCGCGUUCAACCUGGAAGCAUAUGAACUCGAAACUGUAAUCAACGUCCCUGAAUUGAUAUCGGAACUUUCUGAAUAUGCAUCCAAGCCGCUGCCUAAUAUAAACAGCCAUGUUUCUAUCUCUUCGCAAAUUCUGGAGCCUGGUGUGGAAGAGUCCGUCCAGCUCCUCAGAAUCAUCACGGCCGCAGAUUUCUAUACUACAAACCAUACAUUAAUGCGAAAUGUUCCUCCCGUCAGCGUAGACAUUAUCCUGGAUCCUUUUAUUUUGAAUAUACUACCCCAGUCGCUGUUAUCCACAGCGAUAUAUACCACAGCAGUAGCUCUCUUCUCCUGGUUUGUGGGGAAAUGGAUAUCAUCAUGCGUUCGCCAGAUAGCAGCGGAACCAACAAAACAGAAGUUUCAAUGAUCUUCUCGAUAUACUUUCUUGCCCCAUAUCAAAAGCUCCAACCUCACAUUCGAUCCCCUCUUUGUCAAGCAUAUCCUGCAGGGGUCGGAAAAUGGAUAUACACGCCACCCUAACACAUAAACCCUCGAAAUCGAAGGAGGUAGGAUUUGACGGCGGGAUAACAGUGCAUGACCAAGAGGGAGUAUUUUCGCAGUUGAUCAUGUUGAAAAUAUCGGCCAACCAAUAGCCGCGUGAGAAGCU